AUGAAGCUCUUCCAUCGACGCCUCAUUCUAUUAUUAAUGCUCAUCACCACCGCAGUCGCCUAUCCAAUUAAACGAGCAUCGGGUUUCGAGAGACUCCGCGAUCGCCUCCAUCACAAGCGUCAUCGUCAACAUCUGUCAUCGAUUGCUCAGGAGCCCGACGAGACGUUCGAGAUGCUCACUGACGAGAUGCAUCGGGUGCGGUUGGAGAAGUCGAUCGCGCCCGUUGCGCCAACCACACCAUCACCACGCCACCAUCACCACCAUCAUCGGCACAAGCAUUCGAAAAAGAAUCGAAGGGAGCGAAAUGAGGAGCUCUGCCAGAGCCAUCGAAACACAAUCGAAUUGAAUACGCAUAGCCACGAAUUCGAUCCGCCGUUCAUCGUCGAAGUGCGCUGCCUCAAUUCUCCAGCUUCUUCCCUGUUCGGAACCGAGCAGAAAUGCGUCAAAGGAAUGCUGCGAUGCGUUCAACAGUUCUCCGAUGUGCACGUCUCGCGCCGCGCCGUCGGCUCAAUGCACUGGCAUCCCUACACAAUAAAGGACCAUCCAAUCGGCUGCCAAUGUAUGUGGCCCGUCGAUAAGUACGGUCAUCAGGAAUUCUAG